UUGUUCACUCAGGCUCCCAUGUAGUGAACAUGGAUUGCCUUCUAAUUGUUGCUUAAUUGCCUUCUAAUAGUUGUUUCUUAUGGUUCGAAGGGACUGUUUUUCUUUCAGAAGUCUAGUAAUUGACAAUUUGAUGUUUCUCACCUGCUUAGUUGCGGAGCAGGAGCUGGCCAACCUAGAGAAAUGGAAGGAGCAGAACAGAGCUAAACCAGUUCACCUGGUGCCCAGGCGGCUAGGUGGAAGCCAGUCAGAAACUGAAGUCAGACAGAAACAGCAACUCCAGCUGAUGCAAUCUAAGUACCAGCAAAAGCUAAAAAGAGAAGAAUCUGUAAGAAUCAAGAAGGAAGCUGAAGAAGCUGAACUCCAAAAAAUGAAGGCAAUUCAGAGAGAGAAGAGCAACAAACUGGAGGAGAAAAAAAGGCUUGAAGAAAACCGUAGAAGAGAAGCAUUUAGAGAGCAUCAGCAAUACAAAACUGCUGAGUUCUUGAGCAAACUGAACACAGAAUCUCCAGGCAGAAGUGCCUGUCAAAGUGCUGUUUGUGGCCCACAAUCCUCAACAUGGGACAGAAGCUGGGCUUAUAGAGAUUCUCUAAGGGCGGAAGAAAACAGAAAAUUGCAAAGGAUGAAGGAUGAACAACAUCAAAAGAGUGAAUUACUGGAACUUAAGUGGCAGCAGCAAGAGGAAGAAAGAGCCAAAAUCCACCAGACUGAACACAGGAGGGUAAAUAAUGCUUUUCUGGACCGACUCCAAGGCAAAAGUCAACCAGGUGGCCUCGAGCAAUCUGGAGGCUGUUGGAAUAUGAAUAGCAGUAACAGCUGGGGUAUAUGAGAAAAUAUGGACUCUCAUCUGGCUUUCGUCAGCUGACCUUGAAAAGCCUCAUGAAAUGCUUCUUAAUGUGAUUUUGUUCAGCCUCACUGUUUUUGCCUUGUUUCCAACUGUCCACCCACUUGACUGAUCAGUCAGGAAUGACUGGUUUCUCCCUGUCCUCAUUUAUGCAUGUUUGCAGGAGCUGAUUACUGAACUCAUUUAAUUUCUACUGCCAGUGAAAUGCUACAUUAUUUUUUUAAUUGGAAGUAUAAUUAGAGUAAUGUUGGUAAGGUAAAAAAAAUGAGGGGUCACUUGAUGCUUUCAGGUUCAUAGAGUUGUGGGUGCUACAGCCUUGUCUCUCUAAGUGACAAAGUCUUAUUGAAUCCUCAGAUCAGGUUUUGGAAAGCUUUGGGGGGUCUUUUUAGAUUUUAAUCCAUACUUUCUUAUCUGUGGUAUAAAUAUGCACAAAAGAAAAAAUUUGAUAUCUUAUAUUCUUUUAAACAAAUUAUAAAUAAAUUUUGAACUACUUCUUUAUAAAUGGGUCAUUUUUAUUUUUAAUGAAAAUUAUUGGAUUUUCUCUCUUGAAGGGUCUUGUUUUAAUAUCCCUUUUCCAGAUCAUAUCAAUCAAAUAUAGUACUGUCAUUACUAUCGGCUCUUGUUUUGGUCUUGACUUACUAAUAGUGUACCCUGAUUUUCAGAAGGGGACAUUUUAUCUCCAGAAAGGCCAAUGUUUGAGUGCAAAUCAACUAGACACAAAUAUAGACAUCACAUGUGGUUUUUAGGUGUUUCAGAAACUAGUCUUGUCUUUGCUGUGUGUAAGCUAUUUCUUAUUGCUAAUUCAGGUGGCUUUCUUACUUCUGUGACCUCAAACCAGUUUACAGACCCUAAAGUGUAAGAGUAUUGAUUUUCUAUGCUGUGUAAUCUAGCUCAAUCCCUCUGUCCCCUCUGCCUCACCAUCCCCCAGCCACUACAUUGUACAGUGAAAGCAUAGCAUUCAAUCCUAGAAUAAAGG